CGAUACACUUGAACAUACACUAAGUUAAGCCGCCAAAUCAGAUCAACUCGGGCUGUGGUUACCACACUCUUUCUCCAAAUCUAUUCAUAUAAGCCUGACCCGUAUGGCUUCGAUUGAGGCGAUCUACUUAUUAAAUAGUAAUGGUUCAGCAAUUGUACAAUUAGAAUCACAGGGUCGUACAUCAGCUACCGUCGCCAGCACUAUAUGGAGCGAGAUUACAAGAUGGAAUAGCAAUGCGAAGGCACUUCCCUUCGUUCUCUCCGCUAAAAGUAUUGUUUUUUUUCAGCGCAGAGUGGAAGAUGUUCACAUCUGUAUUUCUAUUAUAAAUGAUACAGACCCUUUAUUCAUUUCAGAUAUUAUGGAUCAUAUUGUUCAAACACUGAAAUCGUACUUUGGAGGGUUCAAAUCCACUAUUUUAGAGGCUCACUCUAGCACUAUUAUUCAAAUUCUAUUAGAAAUGAUUGACAAUGGCUAUCCAGCACAAAUGGAAGCUUGUUCUCUAGAACAACUUGUCCCCCUUCCAAGUUUAAUGAACAAAAUAAUGAAUGCCACACGGUUAAAGGCAUACAACUUUUCACCUCUGAAACAACCAAUGGGAUCCUCGUCUGUCUUACAGUCUUAUACGAAACACAAUUCGGUUCCUUGGAGAGCAGCAGAUGUGAAACAUUCUACUAAUGAGUUUUUCGUUCAUGUCGUUGACUUUUUGAAGGCAACAGUCGAUGCUAAAAGGCGUACAGUAUCGGGAUCAGUUCUCACCCGCGUCGAAUGUCGUUCAAGACUUUCUGGCACACCAGAUCUUAGUAUGGUUCUUCAAAACGCAAGUAAACUUCAGUCACCGUUCUUUCACCGCUGUGUUAAUCUUCAACAUUGGAAACAAAACCAUCAGCAAAUUCAAUUUAUUCCACCUGACGGAAAAUUUACUCUUUGCUCGUUUGCAAGUGAGUUUAAGAGUGUUAAUGCACUGCCGGUUGUGGUUGAUGCAAAACUGUUCAAUAACACAUCUUUCGAAAUAUCUCUGAGAGCAAGUUCAGCCAAGUCCAUUGAAAAUAUUCUUGUGAGGAUUCCAGCUAAGUUCACACUCAAAAACCUUAAAUGCACUUCGGGAGACUUCUUUUUCAGCUCCAAAAACAUAUUAACAGAGGAUCCAGAACUGCAUUGGUCCAUAAAAAAACUUGAAAGAGCUUCUCCUGCUAUUACUUUGAAAGGAGAAUUACAGGAGUCAAAAAUACUACUUCCAAAUGGGGACAAAGGAGAUGAACGUAGUUUAACUCACUUGGUACUUGAAUACGCCUUCCCUCUUUCAUCGUCAAAUCAAUUGAAAAUUGACAAUAUCCGGGUGCUUAAUCAGAAGGAGAGCAAGCCCUUUAAGGGAAUUAAGUAUAGUACGCUUGUACGAGAGCUUUGCGUUCGGUUUCAAGAAGUUUAAGCUGAAUGAUGAUUGGGUAUGAGAGAGAGUUAUUAUUUUCCAGAUCAGAAUACUUAAUAAACUGUUUUAUUUUCCA